AUGGUGAAAAACAAUAGUCCGUUUGCUCGAAUUCCUGCAACGUUCCCGUUGGGGUAUUCUCUUCCACCCCUCCCCGGGACAAUCGAACCGGUAUACACUGCGGAGAGCCUUUUCAUUCACGAAGAAACUGAGUCUUUUCUGGUCCUGACAGCUAUGGCUCCAAACUUGCAAGUUCCGCUUUGUGUACCAGGCCUAACAACUAACUCAGGUUCCAGAAAUAAUGAGAGGAACUUGAAUAUGGUGGAAGUAUUUGCAGAAUAUUGUGACUAA